AUGUCUUUCACCGUGUUUUACAAGAAGAAUGGUGUGGAGAAGCCAAUCAAGCUGUCUUUCCUCGAUGCACUUCGAGGUGUUCCUGACCAGAGACCACAAAAGCCUAAGUCAUGCUCCUGUUGUGGCAAAAAUCAUGGGAAGCAGUCGCAGCCAAACCAGAAGAAGGACAAGAAGAAAGAAGAAUCAUCCGAGAAAGGCGACGAUGAUUUCACCGAAGAUGAUCGAACCAUGAUGCGCAUGAAAGAAGAAAAACCGGGCAGACCAUGGUCAGAUAUCCUCGAGGCCACCAAUUUCAAGGAUAAAAGCACCGCAGUGGCUCGUUGGAAGGAAAUCGAACACAAAGUUCAAGAAGACACCAAUCAAGCCAAGUCCAAGAAACAGGAGCCGAAGCACAAGAAGGAAAAGAACCACAACGCAGAACAAGAGGCCAAGCAUGCCAAGAAUCGUGAAGAAGGCUUGAGGAAGAAGGAAGAAGCGAAGAAGAAGGCCGAAGCCGAAACGAAGAAUGAGUCUUCGACCACGGAAGACAAGAGCGGCGGCAAGGUCAAAUCUUCCAGAUCUGGAGACUCCAGCGGCAAAUCCAAAAACAGCGCUUCCGGCAUCAACGACAUAAAGGCCUUUGCGGAUGGGUACGACCGGAAGAAGUGGCAGCUAGCAGCUUCAAAGCAUUACGACAAGACUGGAGAACGUAUCACAGCCGCGCAGGCCAAGGCUAUGGCUGAAGGAAAGUGA